GCCAAAUGACAAGUUGAACAUUUACCAUAUUUUUCAAAUUGACCUAAAAAACUUGCCAAAUUUUUAUUUAACCUGAUUAAAAACAUCUACUUUUUAAAAAUUAAAUUAAAAUCACUUAACAUUCAAUUUAAUGUUAAGUAUUUGCUGACGACUUGUUAAAGUAUGAAUUUAUAUAAAAAGAGACAACAUUCAAAACUCUGAUAAUCGAAUUAAGAUCAAAAGGUCUUUGAAAAAGAAAAAAGAAGGAGAACAUAAAAUGUAUACAAUACCGUCGUUAUUUCUAUUAAAAAAAACUUACACAAUAUAAUGAUUAAAAGUGGACUCUGCCGGGGCCAAAUAGUAGAAUUAUUAAAAUACUCUUCCUCUAACCAAUCCAUUUUAAGUCAUAUUAAUUCCACUAGAAGCCAAACCACAAACAUGACUCAAUUAGUUGAAGCUUCUGUGGAUACAAAUAAAUUAUUACGUCUAGUUAGACUUGUAGUGCCUUCAUUGAGUAAUGGCAAACACAAAGGCCAGUCUGGGAGAAUUGGAGUUAUUGGGGGCUCUUUGGAGUACACAGGAGCUCCCUAUUUCGCAGCUAUUAGUGCCUUAAAGGUCGGAGCUGACUUGGUACAUGUAUUUUGCCAAAGAGAAGCAGCCUCUGUUAUCAAAUCUUAUAGCCCCGAAUUGAUUGUGCAUCCGUUGUUGGAUUUGGAAGAUGCUGUCAGUCAAAUCGAGCCAUGGCUGGAGCGUUUACAUGUUUUGGUUAUUGGACCAGGACUCGGACGUGAACCGACCAUAUUUGAAACCGUUAGCCAAAUUAUAGAAUCGUGCAGAAGUACAUCCAAACCUCUUAUCAUCGAUGCUGAUGGUCUACACUUAAUCAGCUCAAAUCGACAACUUAUCAAAGACUACACUGGUGUCAUUCUAACUCCAAACGCAAGAGAAUUUGAAGUUCUCUUUGGAGAUACCCCAGAGACCAUUGAAGAGAACAUGAAAAGCAUGGGCAAUGGUAUAACGGUGAUGCGAAAAGGUGCCCGUGACAAAAUAUACAUAACAAAUACCGUUGAAAUCUAUCAACUUGGAACUGGUGGAUCGGGUCGUCGAUGUGGAGGACAAGGAGACCUCCUCAGUGGCUCUCUAGCCACAUUCUAUCAUUGGGCUCUCGAGUCGAAUCAGACAAAUCCGUCAUUUAUUUCGGCAUUUGCAAGUAGUUUUCUAACUAAACAAUGCAAUUCGUAUGCAUUCAAGAAAUUCGGUCGAAGCAUGGUCACGGGUGAUAUGAUAAAUGAAAUUCAUAAUGUUUUUGAGGAUUUCUUUGAGUAAAUUACUAUUUAAUGAUUACACCGAAUUGGGUGAUAGGUUUUUGAAAUUCUCUUGGUGAUUAUUAAUGAAUUAUAUUUCAAAUGAUUAGGUACACUCUAUAUUAUAUAUAUAUAAAAAAUUUAUGUAAAUGCUAAAUGCUGUUUUUGUUGGCAUCAUCAUCAUAUUGUGAUUUAAAAUUAGACCAAAAUAAAAUUUUUUCUU